UCAGAGUGGGAUCGAGUGUGCAGUGGGUGAGCGGCGGCGGCGGCGGGCGGCGGCAACUUAAAGCAACCGCGCUCUCAGCAAGCGGCAGCAGAAGGACCCGCGGCAGCCGGGCCGGUUUCAGCUCUCUUUGCGAGCAGGGCGCGCGGUUCCCCGAGCUGAUACUGUCGCCGAGGCACUGCUGCUCGUCAGGGAAAAGGAGGAACUGUCCCUUGUAGCCGCCAACUUAUAGCGUCGGGGGCUGCGCUCACUGCCGGACCGCGAAAGGGGGACGUGCCCGGGCAGCCACUCGCAGGAGCGACAAGUACUUGGCUUGGAUCUGUCCUCGCCCGCGUCCCGAAGAAGUUGAAGCCGUGAAGCGUGGGGAUCCCCCCCCCCGAAAAAAAGAAAGAAGGCGGCGGCAUCGAGGGGACUGUUGUGGCAACUUUUUCUUUUCGGACAGCAGACCGAACUCCACCUGACAGCCUCUUCGGAAGAGUCAAACAAGUGUGCUCGGAAGCCCUCGCUGACACGCCGGACACUCCCACGAGCGGGGGUGGGAAAAAGAGAAAAAGCCAGGGGACUGGAAAAGUUGCUGGACCGAGCAAGCCUUCCUCGCGGCUCGGAGUGCUAAGGAAGGCGCAGUCCGGUGUCAAGCUCCGUUCGCCCGUGGAUUCCUUGGCCGAGAGAGGCAUUCCGCGUUUGAAAAAAGAACUUUUUCUUUGGCGCGUUGUUUUUUGUUUUUCAAUUGCGUUUUGAGCCUCGCGACUUCGGAACUGAUGAUCCUGCUGAGCCUCCUUAGCUGAAAAAGCCACAGCGGGUCGCAAAAGCUUCCUCGACCGGAGAGUGUGGGGGGAAAGCUGGGACAGGCAAGCUAAUGCCUUGUUGCAAAAAAGUAAGACUUUAAUUGAUCGGUCCUGUUUUUCCCCCUCUCCCUACUGAAAGAGCUUGUUUUGCUGUUGUUGUUGCCUUUGUUUUAAUAGCAGUUGCUCCAAAGGGUGGACUUUGUGUGCUUUUUAAAGGGGGUGACAAAUAGUCGCGUCCUUUCCUUGGUUUGUAUUUUGGCUGUAGGAGAACAAACUUGUGGACAUUCUUCUAUGACUGCAAAGAUGGAACCUACAUUCUAUGAUGAUGCCAUAAAUGCUACCUUCGUCCAGCCAGAAAGUGGUACUUAUGGAUACAAUAACCCCAAGGUUCUAAAGCAGAGCAUGACACUCAAUUUGGCUGACCCCUCCAGUAACCUCAAGCCUCACUUGAGAAACAAGAAUGCUGAUAUCCUGACCUCUCCAGAUGUGGGCCUUCUCAAAUUGGCUUCUCCUGAAUUAGAGAGGCUAAUUAUCCAGUCUGGCAAUGGACUGAUCACCACCACUCCAACCCCGACCCAGUUCCUGUGCCCCAAAAAUGUCACCGAUGAGCAAGAAGGGUUUGCUGAAGGCUUUGUCAGGGCGUUAGCAGAGCUACACAAUCAAAACACCAUGCCAAGUGUCACCUCUGCUGCCCAACCUGCAAAUACUGGCAUGGCCCCGGUCUCCUCUAUGGCUGGAAACAACGGUUUCAGUGCCAACUUGCACAGUGAGCCUCCAGUCUAUGCCAACCUCAACAAUUUUAACCCUAAUGCACUCAGUACAGCGCCUAGCUACAAUGCAAACAACCUGGGCUAUGCUCCACAACAUCACCUGAACCCCCAGAUUCCAGUGCAGCAUCCACGCCUUCAAGCUCUGAAAGAAGAGCCUCAGACUGUCCCAGAAAUGCCUGGGGAGACUCCUCCCCUGUCUCCUAUUGACAUGGAAUCCCAGGAGAGGAUCAAGGCAGAGAGGAAGCGCAUGAGAAACCGAAUUGCAGCCUCCAAGUGCCGGAAAAGGAAGUUGGAACGGAUUGCCCGGUUGGAAGAAAAAGUGAAAACUUUGAAAGCCCAGAACUCAGAGCUAGCAUCUACUGCCAAUAUGCUGCGAGAGCAGGUUGCACAGCUGAAGCAGAAGGUCAUGAAUCAUGUCAACAGUGGGUGCCAGCUAAUGCUCACACAGCAGUUGCAAACUUUUUGAAGAGACUGAAAAGUAACUCUUGGAGAAAUUAAGCAAAAAAGAAAGAGGCUCGGAGGUGGAAAAGCUCACUUGGGGGGCAAGAAGAAAUGGCUGAAAGGCAUUGAUUCCAGCAAGUGCUUUCCCCUCCCAAAAGCAUGUGUGGAGAGACUGGUGUGCUUUCUGGUCUGAGGUGGUGGCAUAUCAGUUGACAGUGCAGCUCUCCAAAGCACUGCUCCUGCUCAGAUGGGGCACAGAAGCCUUGUAUCUUUUUUAAUGUUGACCAAGACCUGCAUGGACCUAACAUUCAGUGAUCUUUCAGUAUUAAAGGUUAAACUGCAGUAGACACUGUAGAUCGCUUUCUCUUAGUACUCCUUAAAAAAUAAAGCAAGGGAGGGUAUUUGUGGGAGGCUAAUAACAGGAGCUGAACUAUACUGCCUGUCUUCAAGUCAAGUUGUGUAUGUACAUUUUUUUAAUUUUAUGACAGCUGAUUAAUGUCAAGUAAAACUACUUCAUGACUUUGUAAGUUAUUUUUAUGUUCUUUUGGGUUCUGCCCAGUAUUGUUUGUAAAUAAGAGAUUUUUUUUAGCAACCUUGAGUUUUCCAUUUGUAAUAAAGUAUAUAAUUUUUUAAUGUUUUGUUCUGAACAAGAAAUGAAGGGUUGAUCUUAUUUAAGAAAACAUCAUUAUCACCCACCUUCUUUGACUAGUUUUUUUAAGACUACAAUCCUAUACACAUUUUGGAACAAGUCUCAUUGAAUUCAUUGGGGCUUACUUCUGAGUCAAUGUGCAUAGAGUCUUCUGUAGGUCAGGCAUAUACAGGAUCAACUUGUAGUUAAAUGUUAAAACCAGUGCUGUAAGGGCUGGGUGGGGGUCGGAGCAAACUCUUCUAUAAUUUUCACACUCGGUUAGCCUGUAGCAGCAGCUUAAAGAGGCUUGUGGUACUCCUUGUACAAUGAAGUCUUUAGGCUCUGUGCCCCCUGUGGCCAAAAAAGCAUAGCUUCUGUCUGUUCUGGUCAAUCUAACUUGUGACUUGUCUGGCCUACUUUACAAGGAGCUACUGAUACAGGUUUAAUUGAACUAAAUAAAAGUGGGGAAAGAGAGCAAAAUUAUUUUGUAUGCACAUCCCUGUACAGUGACCUCCAUUAAAUAUAAUUGGCCAUUUCCCAUCUAGACGCUCCCUGUUAAGCAAAAAGUCCAGAUGAACUUCUGAUAGGAAAAAGUUGUUUGAAAAGGGAAACAAAAGAACAUGUCACCUUUAUGUUUUUGUUACUCUUACAUAAAAGAUGGUCUCUGUUCAUGAAUAUUUACAACUAUGCCUGUUGUCCAAUAAAAUUGUUCUAUUACUCUUUCA